AUGGAUGAGCUCUUUGCCAUCCAAAAGAUAUUGGAUGAUGCAAAUAUUGAAGCUUCCACCCAAAUCGAUGCAUUGAAUGAGCAGGUUAAAAAUUUGAGACAGGAGAGGGACUCCUUACAGUCUGAGAAAAGCCAACUGGAAUUACAAAUGGAGAGGAGAAUAGAAGAUUUUUCAGCAAAUUUGGCUCAAGCAGAGGAUCAGAAUUCUGAAUUAGCAAACCAGGGUCACAGAGAUAAAGAUGACAGAGAUGUAGAAGAAUCCCAAAAAAUUUAUGAAUCCAAAAAUCAGACAGUUAAUGAACUGGAAGAAGUUAUUGAAGAUCUGAAGAGAGAAUUGGAAAUGAAAGUAGAUGAAAUCAGUACAUUAGUGGAGAAUGUCCGGACACUUGAAGUUAAGCUUCGUCUGGCAAACCAGAAGAUCCGGGUUACAGAACAGUUAUUGACUGAAAAUGAAGAAAGCUACAAGAGCAAAGAAGAAAAGUUGCACAAUGAACAAGCACUACUUGAAGAAGGAUAUUCGAGGAAGACUAUGGCCAUUUGGAGUCCUCGAAUUUAUGAAAUCUUGAAUGAGUUUAAGUUAAGGGAUGAGAAAGAACAUGGUCUGGUGCUAACAGAAAAGGUAGGAGAUAUGGAGAAAUCCUUACAGAAGGGUGAAGAUGAGAAGAUCAGUUUAGUUAAAAGCCUGAAAGGUCUUGAAGAGAAGUUGGGACAACUGGAAAAGGUGGUAAAAGAAAAGGAUGAGAUGCUGGGAGAAUUAGAACAAAAGAUUAAGAGUAAAGAUGAUGGGAUCUCGGAACUAGGUGAGGAGAAACGAGAAGCUAUCAGACAGCUGUGCAUUUGGAUAGAUUACCACCGCAAUCGCUAUGACGAUCUCAAAGAGAUGAUCUCCAAGACAUCUCCUGCAAGAAGGCAGAUAACUGCUUAAUCUGUUGAUUUUUUUCGUAUAUUUUUUCCUUAGAUUCUUUUAUUUCGGGUGUUAAAUUGAAGAUUGUCUCUCUCUGGUCCUUUCCAUUUUUCUCAGUACUGUAUGGUCAGAUAUUGUGGGUCUAGGGGCUGAUUACUACCGUCUCGUGUUUACCCGUUAGGUUGUAUAGAAAGUAUUGGAAUUGAUUUGUUUUGGGUUGCUUGGUA